CAGAGUUACUUGAAAAACUACCAAAUCCGGAAAUGUAUACCGGGUACUGUUUUCGACGCAGUAGUGCCAGAUGCUGGCAAACACUGGUGCCGACUUUGUUACUGUUAAGAGGGCGAGCCGAUGGCAGUCUUCAUCUGUAGCAGAAUCGUACAUCGGGAAUUCUAUGGCGAAUAAAAUUAUAGUAUCAAAUUACAUCCUUAGUGUAGAAGAAAAAGAUGAUGAGAACUUGAAUUAGUGCAACAAGGAAUACGUGUACACCAAAAAUAUGCAUUUCUGUCAAGAUUGUAGACGCACGAUAUGCACGAUUUAGUGAUUGGAAUAGACCUGGGCACUACCAAUUCCUGUGUUUCGCUAUAUCUGAACGGUAGAGUGAAAGUUAUAGAAAAUGACGCUGAGGGAAGAAUUACACCAUCCUUCAUAUACUUUUCGGCAGACGGUGGAAUCACCAUCGGCGAACAUGCAAAAAAGAUGGCAGUCCUUAAACCCGAACACGGAAUUUAUGAAAUUAAACGCUUGGUGGGUAGAAAAUACGACGAUUCCAAACUUCAAAAAUCUAUAGAGUGGUUUUCGUUCCAAGUGACUUCGGAUGAAGCAAACUUACCCGUAGUGUGCGUCGAACAGGACGGUGAAAUUUCUAGAAAAACGCCGCAAGAACUUUACACUAUCCUGCUCCGAGAGCUAAAAAGAGACGUCGAAGAGAAACUAGAAACAACGAUAAACAAAGUAGUGAUUACCGUCCCGGCUUACUUUAAUGUCAAGCAACGAGAAGUGACGUUAGAAGCAGCUGAAAACGCUGGUUUUACUGUUCUUAAAUUACUCAAUGAACCAACAGCCGCCGCUUUGGCUUACUAUUUCGACAACAAAAUCCACGAAACUCAUUUUUCUUUGGUUUUUGAUUUGGGAGGUGGUACCUUCGAUGCAGCUGUCCUCCAACAGCGUUUGGACAACAUCGAAGUUUUAUCGGUGGCAGGAGAUACCCAGUUGGGUGGGCACGAUUUUGACAGCUGCAUUCUAGAACACGUUUGUCAAAUACUUCAAGACGAGCACAAUUAUGAUCCAAAGAACGACGCUGAUGAUAAACGAAGACUUAAGAAAAAAUGCGAAGAGGCGAAAAAAGAGCUGUCGAGCACAGACGAAACAACAAUAGUCCUUAACGGGAUGGUUCCAGAUUGUCCGAAAUUAAGAAUCACCAUCACUAGAAAACAGUUUGAAAGCAUGGCUGAACAAUUGUUCCAAAAAACUAUAGACAUUCUUCAUUUAUGCCUGCAGAAUUCGAAGGUUCCUAAAAGUGAGAUACAAGCGGUUAUCUUGUGUGGGGGUUCUACUCGAAUUCCAAAAAUUCAGGAAAUGAUUACUGAAUACUUUGACGGAAUCAAGUUGAAUAAGUUCGUGAAUCCUAACGAGUGUGUCGCCGAAGGUGCGGCCCUACAAGCAGCCAUGUUGUCAAAAAGCAGCAAACAAAAAAUCGAAAUGCUUAAAAUGGUGGACGUUGUUCCCAUUUCUCUCGGUUUCAACGACUUGGGAAACGAAAUGGUUUUUCUUAUUAAUAGAAAUACGAAAAUACCCAUGAGUGCUUCCAUAAAUUACACCACUACGUAUAACAACCAGAGCGGUUUCGAUUUAGGUAUAUAUGAAGGAGAACGUUCAGACGCUAGGAAGAAUAGAUACUUGGGCAAUCUUUCCAUGGACGGUUUGACUCCAGCACCACCUGGCCAAGUGGAGGUCAUAGCUACCUUGACCUUAGACCAUAACGGUAUUUUGACUGCUAAAGCUGAAGAAAAAUGUGGCGGAAAUUUCAAAGAAUUACAAGUGAAAUACACCCCUGGAGACAGAAGCGAGAGCGAGAUUCAUAACACAUUAUUAGAUGCCGAAAAUAACAAAGAAAAUGAUGAAAAGUUUAGAGAGUUUUGUAAACUGAAAAUUUAUUUAAUUAAUUAUUGCACGAGCAUUACCUAUAACCUGGAAAACAUGGGUUUGGUUGAUGAUUAUGAGGAAAUUUACGAUUUUUGUAAUGAGACGGAAGAUGUGUUAGACCAAGUAGAAAUGGAUAAAAUGACUCAACUAAAGACCCUCAUCGACAAGUGUAGAGUACGAUGUCACCCGUUGGUUCAAAGACAUAAUUUUGAAUCAAUGCCUGAACUGAGCUAGAUUAAAAACCAAUUUUAUUUUUGUAAAUACACAGCAAGUUUAUUAAUAAAGACAAUUUGAAAUUA